AUGUUCGGGUGUCUCCUCGAAGCAGCAGCAGCAACAGCAGCAGAAGCAGCAGCAGAAGCAGCAGAAGGAAGAGAGAACAAACGCAAGGAGCCCUCCGCAGGAGCUAGUGAAGAGGAGACAGACAAGAGACUGCUGGUGCUGAGCCAGCUGCUGAACCUCUCGCCUAAAGCGAUGCGGCAACUGACGAAGCCCUUCAUAGCGGAGGGGGGGGCCCCUGCAUCGAACAUAUUGCCGGUGAGUUGGGAGGAGGUCGGGGGUAUGGAGGCGGCGAAGGAAGAAAUACAUCAGAUGAUUUCUCUGCCUUUGAAACACCCCCAGCUAUUCAAUG